AUGUUCCGACUGAAGUGCAAGGUCCAAAAGUACCAGUGGGGCAAAUUGGGGGCUCAGAGUGAAGUCUCUCGCUAUGUUCAGGAUACGGUAGACCCUGAGGCUCAUUAUGCCGAGCUAUGGAUGGGUGUUCAUCCAAAUGGUCCUAGUGCACUGGAAGACGGUACCAGUUUGGCUGAUUAUUUGAAAUCGAACCCUAAGACGCUUGGAGAUCACGAAAAGGGAGAACUCCAGUUUCUGUUCAAGGUUCUGUCAGUUGAUACAGCUUUAUCAGUGCAAAGUCAUCCCACUAAUGUAAGGGAAGGAAUGUCAACAGACGUUUCUAUUAUAUAUUUUUAAAAGUUACUUUUUCUUCGUGAUGUAGUGGUGUUUUUAUGCAAUAUUCUUAUAGGAACAAGCCCAGAUAUUGCACAAGAAAGACCCCAAGAACUACCCCGACCCUCGCCACAAACCCGAGAUCUCGAUUGCUUUGGACGACUUCGAGUUGUUGUGUGGAUUCAGACAAAACGACGAUCUUCUGGCACACAUCAAGAACUACAACGAAGUGAUUCAAUUGUUUGACGAAGGCCUUCUAAGCGACUUUACUCAUGAAGACAAGUCGAAACAGAAGGAGAUCUUGAGACAGAUAUUCACAACAAUAUGGAAGAGUCCCAAGGAGAAGAUAGCUCAAGUUGUCGGGGAGAUCAUCGAGAGAAUAAAGAAACACCAUCAGAAGACAGAGCUGGACCAGCUGUUGAUCAGACUUGAUGGACAAUAUCCUGGGGGAGACGUUGGUGUACUCGCUCCCAUAUUUUUGAAUUAUUUCACUUUGAAAGCUGGAGAAUCCACCUUCUUAGGACCAAACGAACCACACGCUUACCUUUCUGGAAGUAAGUAAUUGCUGAAAGCGUGCCCUAGCUAAGUCUUUUGUAUUCUGCUUAGUAAUUCACCUUAUUGUCUGAUAUGUUUUUAAUAGUAUAAUGAUAUAGAUUGCAUCGAGUGUAUGGCAUGCUCUGACAACACCAUUCGAGCUGGACUAACUCCAAAGUUCAAAGAUGUUGAGACAUUGACCCAAUCAUUGACCUACAACAUGACUUCUGCACCGUACUUCCACGCUAAAGAAGUGGCAGAUGGUGUACUAGAGUAUGCUCCACCUGUACCAGAAUUUGCUGUUCAAAAACUCACGGUAAGAGUUUGUUUUUUGUUGUGCAACAUCUCAUCUUGUAUCGUCAUUUUAUUUUGUUAUUAGGGAUUUCACAGUAAUUGCAAAUUAUUGUAAUUUUCUUCAGAAAAUGUUACUUAAUCUGUUAGUUAAUUUUUGCAGAAAGCCGCUAAGAAACUGCCCAACACUAACAGCUCGUCCAUCAUAGUAGUAGUCAACGGUGAAAUCACGUUGAAGUCGGGAGAUACCACGAUCACUUUGAAAGCAGGACAAGUCGGAUUUGUUUCGGCUGGCCUCCAAGACGUUACAGUAUCCUCGUCUGAUACUGUAGAAGCAUUCAGAGCUUUUACUCCAAUUCCAAAUUAA